AUGGAAUCAAAUGGGUCAAGGCCGCUGAUCCCCCGGAUUCCAAGCGGAAUGACCCCUCAGGAUUAUGCCGCGUCGCCUCCCCGGCCGAGGAGGCAUCUCCGCUCGCGCGAGGGAUGCUUGACGUGCAAGAGGAGAAAGGUCAAGUGUGACGAGCAGAGGCCGCGGUGCUCCCAUUGCGAGAGACUCAACUUUGAGUGCAAGUGGCGACCUCAGCAACGAUCUACGGCUCAAAGGAGGCAGGCAAACAACGACGUGGGCAACCAGCAACCUGAUCAAAACCUCUCGCCUGCGACAGAUGCAUCACCAGGAGCCUCGGUAUUUCAGCCUGCACAUGCUGUGGAUGAAGUGUUUGACUACGCGAGCUUCAUGUGGGACUCGGGCGACUUCUGGCAGCAAGUGAAGAAGGCCAAUGGACAUCUAGUAACUUGGACAACAUUUGCAAACCCCUUUCCGGGGUCAUCCGUCACACAAAGCAACGACAGUCCAGACAAAGCGCCCUUGCCUCAAGGAACUGGGAGCGACAAGUUGAUGGACUUUUUCGCCAGUUCUGUCAAUCCCCCUAUUAUUGCAGAAGUCGAGACACAGAAGAAGUGGGUUUCAAUGCGGCAGGCUGUUGUUGAAAUGGCCAAGGUCUCCCCAAUGGUUCGACACGCGAUACUUGCUUUUUCGAACCUAUUGCUCUCUCGGAAAGAUGGAACGUGGAACACAAACGACCAAGGUCACUAUGAGCAUGCUGUAGCAGAGGUUGCUAGUCGUGAUGGCUCCCUCAUGACGGAGCACAGCACUGCACGCGAAUACCUCCUUGCAGCUCUAUUCUUCCUCGGUUAUAUCGAUAUUCUCGAAAGUCGUCUCGACGCGGCGCACUCCAACCUCAAGCGGGCAUAUAUCUUGUUUCAAGCAAGCAAUAAAGGCACCUUGACAUCGAACGAAAAGCAGUUGCUCCUAUGGAUUCGACUUUUGGACGGACGAGCGGUAUCGGCGGGUGGCGACGGUCUGUUCUUGACAAAGGACGAUGAGAUUUUGCUUGUGGAAGCGUCACCUGCAAGUCUUGACGGGGAAGUCGACGAUGUUUCCAGGCCCGAUGGCGCCGACGACAUUGAGGAUGUCCUCUUCCAAGUGUUGUACCAACCUGGUGUCGUCUUUUAUCAAAAGGUGCAGAGCUUCAUGGGGAGAAUCUCAAAGAUCGAUCCUUGGCAUCGUUCGAGGGGUACUGUCGAGGAUGAGAUAGAGGUCAUGAACAUCGGAGCCGUGAUUGCAGCUGACCUGCGGACCCUGUACGAGCAGCGUCCUCCGCUGAUGGACUAUGCAGUUGCAGGGAAGCUGACGGAGCCGCACGUCUCGAAACACUUGGCUUUUGUAAUCACGAGGGCUUUCCGCACAUAUCUCGCCAACUUUCACGCCAGCAAGGUCCACUUACACCGCGUCGCUUACAAGACUCUCCCCCUGACAAAGGAGGCGUCCGAGGCGCUGGAUCAGAUUCGGAAGUUGGCUCGUCAGAUUGUGGAAGACCUGGAACCCGAGGAUAUCCUACCGGUCAACAUGCUCUGGCCUCUGCUGAUGCUAGGCGUCGAGGAGCAGGAUCCAAACGAAAAGGUGUGGAUCAAGACGCAGAUUCUCAAGAUGGAAAAGGUGGCUACCAACGCUCGCAUCACUGCCCAGGUUCUCGAAGAGGUUCAGGCCCGGCAGGAAGCGGGCAAGGUGCGAAUGGAUAUCCGAGCCGUCAUGCAUGCCGUCUUCAACUCGUGCUUUGCCAUCGUCUGA